AUGGAUACUGACGAGGAGUUGGAGGAAGAUGAUGGGCCAGCAGAUGCAUUUCAGGAUCGUAGAGGUGGUCGUGUCUUACCCUUUCCGCAGCUGCCUGGUCCUGCGUACUUGGAGGGUCCGUGCGAGGGAGGGCCGCAAAAUUUAGAGUUUAUGCGAUGGUUCAAGUCGCAUAUAGCGAUGUACAUUUGGGAAGGAUAUGAGCGCCGUGAAACUACACGGUGCGAGUCGAGGACCAAAGCACUCGAGGACUACCGCGGCCCGCAGGAUAACACGAUGAUUGCGAGGUUGGAGGCAACAGGUCUUUACCACUUACGAGACUGUUUUCUGAAGAGGAUGAACAAGAACCUCAUGCUAGCUUUCGUGGAGAGGUGGCAGCCGGAGACGAACAGUUUCCACAUGCCAUGGGGCGAGAUGACGAUCACGCUCCACGAUGUCGCUUUCAUCCUGGCGUUGCGGCUGGACGGACCAUCAGUGUCUGAAAUUCGCCCGGUAGAAGAGUGCUCACAGAGUCUUGCAUCUGUAUUGGGUGUCGGUCUUAUGGACACCAAUGAGAUGUUUCGAAAUAAGGGAGUUGGUUGGGUUAAGGUGAGAGAUCAGUUGACCCUUCUCUGCGCCACAGACGACAAGAAGAUGAAGGGCUACUUGAUGUUUCUGCUUGGGUCUGUUUUGUUUGUAGACAAAACAGCGUCUAACAUAAAGCCGUGGUGGAUCCAUUUUACCAACGAUCUCGAUAAUGUUGGCAAGUAUUCGUGGGCUUCGGCAUGCUUAGCAAACAUGUACCGCCAAUUGGGUAUUGCCACCCGCGCUGGGAUGAACAGUCUCUGUGGAUGUGUAAUUCUCCUUCUGUGCUGGAUCUUUGAGUAUUUCCCCUGCUUUCGACCACCUCUUUCCCGUUCAUAUGCCGAGUUUGAGCCUCGAUGCAGAAGGUAGGCCCAUGGUGGAGGCAAUAAAACCACGCUGCAGGAAUACCGAAAAAUACUCGACGCCAUGACCGAAAGAGAUGUGAGUAAUAAUUUUUCUAAUUAUGUCUAUAGUAGAGUUACGGAUUUUUCUAAUUAGUUUAAAAUAUGCUUAGGUUUGUUGGACCCCGUAUGGUACCGGUGCACAUUACUUACAUCCUCGGAGCAUGUAUUACGGCACGAUACAGUUCAUGGAUAUAGUGGAGCCGUACAUGCCCGACCGAGGGUUGCGGCAGUUUGGAAGAGUCCAGACUAUUCCUUUCCCGAUAAUUGAAUCGAACUUGCCACAUAACCGCGGCUUGUUUGGCGCGGGAUACAAAGUCACUUUCCACGGUCCUGGCGGCAUGUGGCAGAACGAGUACGCCAACUUCAUUGACUUGUCGCAAUACCCUGAAGCCUGGCCGCCGGAAACAGUUGCCGAGGAGUACAUGAAGUGGUACAUCGA